GCCCGGCCGGCGCCAUGGCGCUGCCGGUGCUGUCGAGCUCGGCGGUGAAGUUUCGGAGGGUCUUGGCGCAGUUCCCUCAAGAGCUGAGCCUGGCCUUCGCUUACGGCUCCGGAGUGUUCCGGCAGGCGGGGGCCCCCGCUGGGCACGGCGAGAACAACAUGCUGGACUUUGUGUUUGCUGUUGAUGACUCUGUGACCUGGCAUAUGAUGAACUUGUUGAAGAACAGGAGUCAUUAUUCCUUCCUAAAAGUUUUUGGGCCAAAACAGAUCACUAGUGUGCAGAACUAUGGAGCAGGGAUCUACUACAAUACUCUAGUGCCAUGUAACGGGAGGAUGAUAAAAUAUGGUGUGAUUAGCACUGAUGCCCUGAUUGAUGAUUUGCUUCACUGGAAAACCCUCUACGUGGCUGGACGCCUACAAAAACCGGUGAAAAUACUGACCCAGAAUGAGAACAACAAGCUGCAGGCAGCUCUGGUGAGCAACCUGAAGAGUGCUGUCACAGCUGCUUUCCUCAUGUUGCCAGAGAGUUUCUCCGAAGAAGACCUCUACAUGCAGAUUGCAGGACUCUCCUACAUUGGUGAUUUCCGAAUGGUCGUAGGAGAAGACAGAUCGAAAGUGCAGAACAUCGUGAAACCUAACCUCCCCCAUUUCCAGAAGCUGUACAGUAGCAUAUUGCAGGACUGCCCUCAAGUGGUCUAUAAGCACCAUCUGGGAAGGCUGGAGAUUGAUAAAAGUCCAGGAGGUCAGUUUGCACAGCUAAUGGCUUUGCCAAGGACUCUGCAACAGAGGAUCACCUCCCUGGUAGACCCUCCUGGGAAAAACAGAGAUGUGGAGGAAAUUUUACUGCAAGUUGCCCAUGACCCUGACUGUGGAUUUGUGGUGCAUCAAGGCAUUUCAAGGAUUGUGAGAUCUUCCAGUAUAGUGCAGAGUGCUAAAACCAUCCUCACAGCUGGGGCAAAGAAAUCUGUCACUUACAGUAUGAAGAAAUUAUAUAAAAUGACCAGGGGAUGGUUAAGGAAGACAUCUUGAGUCUUGACAGACUGUGUGUGGGUAAAUAAAUGGUGCUGUUUCUCCAAAUGUUUUGCAGAUGUUGCCUUGCCUACUUGAGAAGAUCAAAGUGCAUUUAAGUCAGUUGUAAUAAUUGACAGGCCCAAUUUUACUACAAAAAUAGGAACUUUUGUUAGUGAGGGAAGCUUUGAUGGUCAGGGGGCAAAGUAGUUAUACUCUGUAAAUACUGAAAUGAAUUUUCCUGUACAGUACAGGUUGGACUUUCAGAAACCCUGUGUAAAGUGCAUUGAUUGUACAUAUGGAUUCAGAACCAAAGCCACUCCUUUCCUCUCUAUUUAUUUUCCAAAAUAGCCUCAAGCUCUUUCAAAAUAUUCACUGUCCCAGUGUUAGUUCUCUCAGAGUCUUGGGCAGUCCAUGGUGUUUGGAGAAGACAUGAAACUCAAAACAGAUUAUUUCUGCACCUACAAGUUCAUCUGUGGAAUUCCUUGGAGGAUGCUUACUGGGUCCUUCUGCAGGCUACAAAAGGAUUCCAGAAUGAUGGAAAUUGGAGGGACUUCUGGAGAUCAUCCAGUCCAACCUCCCUGAUAAAGCAGGGUCACCCAGAGCAGGUUGUCCAGGAUCACAAUGCCCAGGUAGGUUUGGAAUCGCUCCAAAGGAGGAGACUCCACAACCUCUCUGGGCAGCCUGCUCCAGGUCUCAGGGCUCCAGCAGUCUCACAACAAAGAAUUUUCUCCUCCUGCUCAGAUGGAACCUCCUUGGUUCCAGUUUGUGCCCAUUGCCCCUUGUCCUAUCUCUGGGCACCAGAGAAAA